AUGGCUACCGCGCAUGAGGAGGCCCACGGGCUUCGCGGCGAGAAGAAAAUCGCGGCGGCGAACUAUGCCUAUGAGCCCAGCACCUACCUCGUUGCCGUCACCGUGGGUCCCACGUGCAAUGCCUGCAGCUACGUCAGGACAAACCAACCUCGUGUCGCCCUCAUUGCUCCCGUGACCCACAAAAUGUCAUUAGUGGCCUUCGACCCACAAAAUAGUAUUAGUGGCCUUCGAGUCGCAGUUCCGCGCUUGCGUCGAGUAGGUCACGCCAUAUCGUCCUGGAUUCAACAGGAGCUCGAACCCACUAGAACCACAACCCACAUCCUACUGUUGCAUCUUGGAGUCAUCAAUCUGCUCAUCGCUGCAAUAUUCCUGAUUGCUCUCUUCCCUGCGUUCCUGCAGGACGAAUGGCUGGGGCAGAAUGGAUGUAAGGUCGUCGGGAGCGCCUGGUUCACUCUGCACGUCGCGGCCAUUUGGACGCUGACCGCGCUCAAUGUGGAUAAAUACGUGGCCAUAGCUUCUCCCUUGCACUACGCCCGUUUCGUCUCCCCAGGAAGAGUGGGUGUGGCUCUCUCCAUCUCUUGGGUAUUAUCUGGGGCCAUAUGUACACUCCCCCUAGUGGUACCGGGCCUCGACAACAAGUUCAGGCCGCCCGGUUACUGUAUACCUGACGUGGUAACUGCCCUGCCAUCUCUGGGCAUAAGUUAUGCGUUGAUCAUCACCCUCCUGGGGUUCCUACUGCCAGCGAUUUUGGUGGCCUCAGCCAAUGGACGCAUUCUAGUCAUCGCACGCCAUCACCGUCACAGAAUAGUUUCUGCGCUGUGGGAUGUGACGGUGUCUGCGCAAGCCACUGUAACCCCACAAAGAUCUCAUUUCUAUCUCACACGCUACCGUGGGAGGUCAGCAGCUGCCACAGUGUUUCAUUUUGUGGGCACUUUUAUCAUCUUGUAUAUGCCAUCGACCUUGUGUCUUAUAUACGAGGCUGUGGCUAAAUCGUAUGUACCUGAUUCCUUGUCUAUUACGAAUUUUUCUCUUUUUACAAUUGCGCCAGCGAUCAAUGGUUUUGUAUAUGGGGUGAAGAGCAAAGUGUUACGGAAGAAUUUCAAGAAUUUUCUGAGAAAACGACUUUAUAGAAGUGAGGUUAAUUAUGAAAUACAGUCGCGAGCAUCGUCGGUGCCGGCUUCCCGCAGACCCUCCGUUACCCCCUCACUCUCAUUGCCCCUUCAGCAGAAACUCCAAAGGAGAAUGUCAGAAAUUCUCAUCCAGCCUACUUCUACUCCAAGCGAUGGAAACCCAAAACUCCUCAGACAGUCCUCCGAGUUAAGCUUCCGCGUUCGAGGUUCUAAUUCAUCCAUCACUACCAGGGACUUCAGUCAGCUGAACCACACAACUGAGUCAUCACUUCUAUCCAAUACUCAGUCUAUAUCAAAUGAUAAACCGAGUGAACAAACAGCUUCAGGAAGCCAUGAGCAAGUCAAUGCUUAUACAGGUAGUCCUUUAGCUCGCACUCAGUCUAAGGUCAUAACCUUCUUGAAGUCAAAUAGUCUUGAAGGAGACAGAGAGCAAGAAACCGAGACAACUCAGCUGAGUUUCACCACAUCUUAUCACACCAACCAUCGCCCAUCUCUAAGGAGAGCUUUGUUUGCCAGGAACAAACAAAAGAGUUUAGACUUCGAGAUGACGUGUUUACACAUGGAAGAGUGCGAAGCUUCCUCUGUGCCAGGGCCCCCAAGAAGUGCAUCUCAGCAGCACGUGGGUGAAUUGGGUAGCCCUUCACUCGUGCGGCCUCUAUUGUUAGGGCCACGUCCACAGCCACCUCUCUCACCAGCCAGGAAGACUAAGAGGGUCUCUUGGUCAUCAGACAGUUUCUCCAAUGCUGAAGAUUCGCCAAUGGACUCUGACAACGACACAACUACUUGUCCGCUCCCGGGACCAGGACCAAUGAGGUACCGCAAGAGAGCCAUGUUCAAAAACAAUGGUCUGCGAUUCGACUUCUCCAAACUUUCCCUGGAGAGGAUCGACUCAGAAGACACCAGGCAAUCGGUGGACUACCCAGAUGGCUUGGAAGCCAUGCCUUCCACUUCACCCAAACUUUGCAAGGUUGUCAUCCAAAAGGGAGACCCAAGUUCAACUCCAAGUACAAUUAUUGCAAAUGGCAAGUACAUCACAAAGAGCAACGGAGUACCAGACAUGAACAUGAUUGGUGAAACGUCAGGAGAGAGAGGAUGAGACUGAAUCAACUCUGCAAGAUAUUGCCAACUGUUAAGCGAGAUUACUUUUCCCUCUCAGAAUGGAACCUUGAGAGAUUAUAUACCAUUUCCCAGAGGAAGAGUUGAGAGUUAUGGGGAGGUUGUGAGGAGGAGGAGGAGGGGAGGAGGAGGAGGAGGAGGAGAAGGAGGAGGAUUAACAGCUCUUCUGAAGGAGAUGGAACUUUUACGACUGAUCUCACCGAAGAUACUCAUCCGUAGUGGAGUCCUUUAACGAGAUCUCUGUUGAGGUCCACCAAGAUUGUGCAACAAAAUCAGGGUACUGAUGCAGGAUUCAGGUUGAUGUGGGAAUCAUCAGCCAAUGAAUACUAGGAAUUGUAUACAUAUGUACAUAAUUGUAUACAUAAUUCAAAUACAAUACCCAUUGCAUUCCCUUAGCUCUGUGAGAUGAAGCUUCUUGUGUAAAAAAAAAAAUUGUCCCUUGUCCAGUAUAUAAAGUGUUUAGUUUACACUUGACAGGAUUCAAUGUAUGAAAAAAGAACAAUUCUUGGGUUGCUGAAAGAUGUGCUUAUGAAUAAUGUUCUGUGCUUAAAAUGUUGUAUUCAAAGUAUCAAAUUCUUAGCACUUAUGAAAUACUUCUAGUUCUUGUUAUAAGUAUGGCAUUACUUACUUCUGAGAGCAAAUAGUUUUCCUGUUAUGAUUUCUAGUUAUUUCUCCAGAUAUUACUGCAUCAUAUAUUUCACUGAUGUCUUUACCUACAUAGCAAACACUUAGGAGUAUGCAUAAAAACUGUUGUCAAUGGAUGUGUGUGUGUAUAAAGUGGGGACUGAUGUAUUCAUAUAAAAAAUAACAUAUUUCAAGGAGUGAAGGUCAUGCGAAGUCAGUAGCAGGUUCUUUUAGGAUGUAAGAAGCAUAUAAUCAAAAAGGAAGUGAUGGGAGGAAGAUGGAGAAAUUUUGCUGACCGAUAAUGUAUAGUAUGAGUGAAGCGCCUCGUCACUCCUUUGGUCACCAACGUUUUAUAAUGCAUUUAAAACCAAACUGAAGGUAAAAGCAUAUAAAGUAGGACUUUCUUAAGAACAGGGAACCAUUUCUUGUGCAGAGCCAUAGAUGAUGGGGUGGCUGGGAAUACAUUUUGACCUUAGAUUAAUGUGAAGUUCAAUGAGAGUCACAUAAAUUUUCUUGAUGAUUGUACUGGAGAACUAGAUCGAGACUACUAUAUAGGUAUUGGACACAUACAGCAUUUGUCUUAUUUUUAUUUGUGUGUAUGUUUGUAUAUGUAAGUAUGUAUAUAUACACAUAUACAAUAUAUAUGAAUAACUUGAUCACAAAGUAUAUAAAACGUGAUGCUAUGUAUAAAUAAAGGUGAU